GCCAGGGCCUGGGCCCGGCGCGCGCGACAGCAGCGAGAGCGGAAACGCGCGCCGGCGGAGGAGCCUAUGGAAGCGACGAAGAUGGCUGGCGCCGCCGGGUAUCAAUGUUGGUGAAUAAAAAGAAACUACCAGGAUUUUCCUCCUUUUUCUUUGGAAAAUUUGUGUAAUUUUUUUCCCAUCUUCAUACACAGUCCCUCUUCUGCCCUUCUCAUCAAAAAUAAAUGGUAAUAUUUGAUUGAGGUAGCAUCAUGCAGCCUGAUGUUGAGAAAAGCAGACCUCGGGCCAGAAAGCCAGAUAUGGCCCUUUAUGUACCCAAAGCUCGAAGAGGUUCAGUACUUCCUUUAUCAAGUCAUCAGGAAAUGAGUUAUAGUCACCUGAAUGCUAUAGUGAAGCAAGGGCAAGAAGAAAGUCAUGUGCCCUCGAAGAAUGAUGUCUUCAGAGCUAGUUCUGAACUUCAGAGACCUAUCAGUAAUCCUAGCAGACAAGAGCACAAAGCCAGGGAUGGAAAGAGACCUAAUUCAAAAUCAAAAAAAGGUACAUACUUCAAAGAAAGAAACAGAGGAAAAUUCCAUGCUCAAAAGGGAAUGGCAGAGUCCAAAGAAAUGUUCAACAAAAAUCAACAAAAUAUCCUAAAUCCUAGUAGUUUUUCCAAAGUACCUUCACAAACACAUUUUAAACCAAAGAAAGAAGAGAGAUUUAUGGAUUCCAAAAGCAAUGAUAUGACAGUACCACAAGGACUACUUAUUUCACAAUCUAGUACGGAAACCUGUGAGUCUCAGACUUCAAGUAUACCAUUCCAAAGUGUGAAAUUAUGUGAUUUCAGAAAGGAAGAACUAAGUGGGAUGAGUUAUGUAAAAGGAGACUUGAAAAACAGUGUUAAUGCUGAUUGUAAAGUAGUAGAGAUGGUGUCUAGUUCUCAGUUUUUAGAUGAUCUGGUAGGUUGCAAUUCUAUUUUGAAUCCUGACCAUGUGCUAGCAUCCACAUCUUCUGAAAUUGUGCAAGAAAUCAUCUGUACAACAGGUGACAUAUUGAAGCUCAGCACUGCUAUUCAGGAGAGCCCAAAGAGUAUCAUCGAUCAAGCAUGCAUGGCCAUUGAACCUAAGAAUGUCAGUGACCUAACUGAUCCAGUGUUCCUCAGCAGUGCAACUGGCAUCUUGGAUCAGACAAGUGUGGAUAGUGUGUCUGAAGUUGGGGAUCCUGUCUCUGGCCACAUGCACACAGUCAGCAUAUUAGAGAAUGCCAGUGAUGUUAUGGAUCCACCUUACAUGAGUGGAGAGUCUGAGAAGAAGGGUGACCCUCCUGAUGAAGCAGCCACGUGCUAUGACUCUGAUAAUUUAAGUGACUUUGCUGAUGAAACAUUUACAGGUAGGGAGCAACAGAAUGACAGUGACAACACUAACCAAGCAUGUAUGAGCAUUACAGAUGGCAUAUCUGAUGAGACAUGUGUGGGCAGCACCUCGACAAUUGUGGGUGGAAUCACUGAACAGGCUUGUAGCAGCAUCAAUAGUUUGCUAGACUGUAUGGGAGUAAGUACUGACAUAACCCCUCUUCUAGUAGCUAACAGCUUGGAGUGUGAGAAUGAAAAUUCAAGCCGCUUGACAGUUUGUGCAGACAGUUACACUGAAGAUAGUUCAUCCAAUUAUCAGGAGUCAAUGGGAAGACUAACAAAGGACUUGUCAGAGUAUACCUCUUUAAUACCUAUAAAGGAGGAAGCAUCCAGCAAUUGUGGUUCCUGUUUAGACUCUGAACUCUGUAUGUUAAAUAAGACUGAAUUGCUUUCCAACAAGUCCUUGAACAGUGAUCUGGAUGGUGCAGAUGACAUCACAGAGUCUUUGAAUAAUCUAAGAACUGGUGAAGAGUUCAAAACAGAUGAGAAUGAUGCCCCUGGGAAAGUAGAAUAUACAGUAUCUUCAGACCAACAAUCAGAACUGAAAGCUCCUCAUCCUUCCUCCAAUGAUGAAAGUGCUUCUACAGAGGAAAGUUGGGAUUCUUUAUUUAAUGAUGAUGGAGACUGCCUGGAUCCACGACUUCUAGAAGAGUUAUCAGGAAAUUCGAAGAACAGGAAGAGUCUCCAGGAACCUAGAUUUGAUUAUUACAACUAUGAAGCUCCUGAGCUUGACAUCAGCGAUUGUGAACUUCCUCAUGUCAUUGAAAUCUAUGACUUCCCUCAGGAAUUUCGCACCGAAGACCUCCUACGAGUCUUUUGCAGCUAUCAAAAGAAGGGAUUUGAUAUCAAAUGGGUGGAUGACACACAUGCUCUAGGAGUGUUCUCCAGUCCAAUUACAGCCCGCGACGCCCUGAGCAGUAAGCACAUGAUGGUGAAGAUCCGGCCGCUCUCUCAGGCCACAAGAGCAGCCAAGGCCAAAGCAAGAGCUUGUGCCGAGUUUCUCCAGCCGGCCAAGCCUCGCCCGGAGACCUCAGCGGCCCUGGCCCGGAGGUUAGUGAUCAGUGCCCUUGGCGUGCGGAGUCAGCGCACCAAAGCUGAGCGGGAUGCCGAGCUCAAGAAACUGCAGGAAGCCCGCGAAAGAAAGCGGUUGGAAGCAAAGCAACGGGAAGACAUCUGGGAAGGCCGGGACCAGGCCGCUGUGUGAACAUCAUCCAGA